CUGACCGUAGGCCAAAACUGUUACGUUAUAGCCGUCUAUGAAACUUUCGACUAAUUUCUCUACGUUAUCGUUAUAAACGACGUCCUGCGUAUCAGAGGGUCCGUGUACUCUAUCAAAAGAGAAGCUAGAACCGUCUAUAUUUACGGUAUUAGUAGAAGAUGGCUGUACUACAGUCUUCUGCCAUCUCGUUGGUAUAGAAUUAUUGUCUUGAGAUGUAGAUGGGCGUAUCCUAACCGUGACUUUAACGGAAGUGAGCGCGUUAGAUUGUUUAUUCCUUGGAGACAUAUCUAGUUAGUCUUUUGCAUAUAUUUCGGUAUUUCGCGAUCGCUGUAGUACUCCAAGUUGCUUCGCUUCUUACUUUCUCGACGACGGGAUGAACAAAUGAAUAAAAUAUUUACAAGGCAAAUAACAGACGAUAGUGACGAUAAUGGUGAUAAACCUAACCCAAAGCUCUAUAUCGUCGUAUUUCUGUUAAUAAUCUGUCUACUCUUGGUUGUAUCAUCGGCUGUUGUAGCCCGUACUUGGUAUAUACGCAGACGUGCUAUGGUUUUAGGUUUGGAUUAUCCACCCCAGACCGGUCUAUUCCCGUUCUUCAACGGUCACAUGAACUCAAACAACGAGGGUAGCGAAAUGGAGAACCUAGGACAAUUAGGUAAAAAGCCUGAAUUGUUUGAAGUUUAUUUAGACAGAGACACUACCGUUCAAUUCGAUAAACAGCGCCCAUUCGCAGCCACUUUAUCAGUUCCACAGGAGAUGAUAUCUUCAUUAAACCCUUCUGAUCAGCCUGAAUCUGAUAGCGAUAGCUAUCUCCCAAACCCCAGCUGGUAUAAUGCUUCUGCACAGCUUGCACGUUUUUCUCGAACAAGAAGCAGAUUCUGGCCUCCAGUAUACCGCGGCAGAGAUGCACAAUACGAUCGUAGACGUCGUUUACAAGCUCUUGCUGAACUCGCUCGUGAGCGCCAGGAAGAGGAGCGUCAAAGGAGAUACGCUGAGCGUAACCCCACAAAAUCACUUCCACCCCCUAUUAAGGAGAACGUCACAACUCCCUCAAUCAGUUUAUCAAUGUUAGUAGAACUCCCGACAAAGAAUAAAUCGGUCGAUGAACUCCCUGAUCUCGUUAUCGGUUUAUCAGAGACAAAGUUAAAACAGUCUGCAACUAAAGAUGUCGAACAGUUAGUCCGAAUUUCAUUAUAA